AUGAAUUUGCAAGACUCCUGUGCGUCGAUCAAUUCUUCCGAGACCCUAUCGACCGUCUUAAGCAGGGGCACGGGCAAGAACAUCGCCGUGGAUCAGACGGAAGAGAAGUUCGAGCAGAGAGACUCGGAUACCACAGCUUGCCAGUCGGGCGAAGAACGUGAAAACCCGUCGGUGGUCACUCCUUUCCUCGUCAAACAUUACAACGACCAGGCCAAUAUACCCCGCGAUAACAUCCAUAAGUUCUGCUACAGACACAACCCUGACAUUGUGUGCAACAAGGAGGCUGACGAGCGGGUGAUGCGCUCCAUUCAAACGGAACUCGAGCUGCUUCCUUCGCGCGACCGCAUGGCCAUCAGCCAUGUGUGGCUGAUCUUUGCUGCCGCCCCUCAUGCGCACCGCUCACUAAUACUCAAAGGGCUUCUCAGCCAGUGCUGUUUCCCACAACUCCUGACGAUUAGUCAGCAGAUCAAUCAGCUUAUACGGAUCGACUUUAUUGCCACGCUUCCCGUGGAGAUCGCCUUGAAGAUCCUCUGCUAUCUCGACUGCAAGUCUCUCUGCAAUGCCGCCCAGGUCCUGAGACGCUGGAAGGAGCUUGCUGACGACGACCGCGUGUGGCAUCAUAUGUGCGAACAGCACAUCGACCGGAAGUGUCCCAAUUGUGGCUGGGGGCUUCCUCUCAUGCACAUGAAACGUGCUCGUGAGGGGAUGGACGACAAAGACGGCAAGCGCCAGAAAACCGCUACGGGCGAGGUCCGCAAGCGUCCAUGGAAGAGCGUGUACAGCGAGCGUUUCCAGCUAGAAAAAAACUGGAGAAAUGGGGUCUAUCUGUCAAAAGUCUUCGUUGGUCACACCGAUACUAUCACUUGCCUCAAGUUCAAUAGAAAGCACCUAAUGCUGGGUCUGUACGAUGCAACCGUGAAGAUCUGGAACAUUGAUACUGGUGAGUGCAUUCGAACCCUUUCGGGCCAUCAAAAGGGGGUCCGGUCUUUGGCCUUUGACUCCCAGAAACUCAUCACAGGUGGUUUGGACUCAACUGUCAAAGUCUGGAAUUAUCACAACGGCGAUUGCAUCUCCACUUACCGUGGCCAUGAUGAUGCAGUUACUAGUGUGGAUUUUUGCGACAAAACCAUUGUCUCCGGCUCUGCAGACUGCACUGUCAAAGUGUGGCAUGUUGAUUCGAGAACAUGUUACACACUUCGCGGCCAUACAGAUUGCAUAAACUGCGUCAAAAUUCACAGUCCUUCAAACACAGUCUUUAGUGCUUCUGAUGAUACGACUAUAAAAAUGUGGGAUAUGAAUUCCAAUCAGUGCUUGCAAAAAUUUGGAGGUGUUGGAAGCAACGGGCAUGUUGGCCAGGUUGAGGCUGUCAUACCAUUCGUAUACAAGGGAAACGAUCUUGUUGUUGAUGUGGAUGAAAGCGACUCGGAGAAUGUGACUGGUCACCAGCAACAACAUGAAUUUGCCCUGCGUCUCGUUGCCAAUGCCACUGCCACUGCCGCUGCUACUGGUGAUGAUCGGGACUGCAAUUUGCCAACAGAAUUACCGGACAAUUUGAAUUACCCAACACAUCUUCUCACAUCUUCUUUGGAUAACACGAUCAAACUCUGGGAUGUGAAAACUGGCAAGUGUAUCAGAACGCAAUUCGGUCAUAUAGAAGGCAUUUGGUCAAUCGAUGCUGACAAUUUCCGGAUUGUGAGUGGAGCUCAUGACAAAUUGAUCAAAGUUUGGGAUUUGCAGGACGGCAAAUGUUUACAUACUUUUGGAAACAAGGCAAGUGUCUGUUGUGUUGCAUUGUCGAGUCAUCGUGUCGCUGCUGGAUUGGAGACUGGAAACAUCAAGGUCUACAACUUCAAUGAUUAA